AUGUCCUCAGAGUUCCAGAGCGAUCGCAUCAAGUCUGACUUCUUGAAUUUAACCUUUGUGGCUAACGAUUACGAGAUCAACUUCGACAAGCUCUCGGAGGGGGAAGAGGACGACCAAUACACAGGCAAGUUUCGAGUUCGGAGUCGUUCCGUUCCAGCACGCAGGUCGAAGGAGGAGGGAAUGGCUUCGCGUCGUUCUUCCAGCAUCGGUGAAGGUCGGAAGUCCCAAGGGAACGAUCGGUCUUCCAACAUUCCCCAGCGACAAGGCAUUUCCAUGGUCUUCUCUGAGGAUGAGAUGCGGGAUUCACUCACUGGAAGAAGGCAUAGUAGCAUGGUCUCCGGCACGGCACGAGGCAGCAAAAGCAGUGUCCGCGCAUCCCUUUCUGACAAUGAGCCUGCCCAGAGGCUGACACUGGAAGUGCAGCUGACCCAACUAUGGAAGUAG